UUGCAGCGUUAUAUUAUAUAUUACACGAAAAAUCCGGAAGAUCCGCUUGCUGACUGGGAUAAAACUAGUGUUGAUGGAGAUCAGCUUGAAGUUUCUAUUCCGGCUGAUGAAGAUACACCGUAUAAUGUUCGAAUACAAGCUGCUACAAGGGAUGGUGCUGGUAUUAUCUCGGAAGCCUACGAUGUUACUACCGGCAAAAAACCGAUUCCGCUUACGGUGAAACUCGACGUGUCUUAUCCAGAGGUACGUGAGGGUGAUCGCGAAACUAUUGUUGAACCACUGCGCACAAUUCCGAUUCCACUUACGGUGAAACUCGACGUGUCUUAUCCAGAGGUACGUGAAGGUGAUCGCGAAACUAUUGUUGAACCACUGCGCACAAUUCGUUUUAAAUGUGUGGCCCGAGGAAGACCGGUUCCACAAAUUUCCUACACCUGGUUGCCGUUCAACGAAACCGAAAGUGGACAGGCUGAGCAGUGUGCCUGUUUGUCGUCGAGGUCUGGUUGGUGUGGAAUGACAAAGAAUGGCCAGUAUAAGGGUCUGUAG